AUGCCACCGGUGUCGGUGAAUCACCUGUAUUUGAAGUUCCCGAAUUCCUACGUUCGGCCGCCGCCUGGUCGUCAUACUUGGAUGUGGAUCUGCAUGCGGAUCCGCUCACCUUUCUUAAUGCCCGUCUCCGGAUUGUAUAUGCCGGUCUUUGACUGCAGCUCCGAGCUGAUGCGCUUCACGAGGCUGGCAACGUUGCCCACCCGCGGUUCGUUCGUCUACAAGCACCCGAUGUCUAAACGUAGCACGUUGACGUUUAGGAACGCCGCCUUCUCGGACGACGACGACACGCACAAUCGAGCACCGACUUGGAAGCUGGACGCAGCGCGAGCUAUGCCGGACACUGCACCACUGGACGUGAACCCUGAAACGAAACGACAAGAUGGCUGGAGCGCGGGAAUCACGCAGCCGAACUCGUACCACUCGCGGCGGCGAAAUACAGCUUCUAAUACGGUUGCCGCAAUGCACACAACUAUCGGUUCGGCCGACCGAACGAAGUUCGCACUACUGUAA